AGCUAAUCACUGAUCUCUUUCUACAGAUGAAGUUCUUAGUCAUCGCGACAGUGCUGGUGGUCGGGCUCGCAACUUCCUCGGCAAAUCUGCAGGAUGAGAUAGACCCCGCCACCGCUGACGUCAAGUUCAUCGGCAGCUACCUGACUCGGACUCGCUUCAGCACUCUGUGGUCCACGACUCUGAAGACCUGCAUCACGCAGCUGGGGCAGAACGCCAAGUGCCAAGGACGCAGGAAGAGAGAAGCCAAAGUCAUGAACGAGAACCUCUUGGCCGCUGACACCAUGCGUGAGAUCCUCCUGGACUCUUCCCAUGACGAGAAGGUUGUCAAAGUCGAGCUCCCUGAGAAGACCGACGCGGCCAAGCUGUUCAAGGUGGCGGCAAGCUUCACCACUCUGACCACCACAGCCUACACCGAGAACACCGCCACCACCGUGUCCGUCUCCUUCCACUGCAUUGCUCCCAAUGGCAUCAACUAUGAAUUCUGUUAGGCAUGACUGAGCUCUUGAAUGCUGCCCGCUUUACUAUGCAGCAAUGUUCACAGAUAUCUUUGGUUCUAUUUAUUUUUACUCUGAGCUGUUGGUACUGUGAAUCUCAAGAGGCAGCUCUCGUCAAUGUUGCGCAAAAUAUGGUCCUUAAACAAGUAUAGCUGUAAAUAAACAUAUAUUUUUCUCCCUGAAAA